UGCCCCUUGCUCUCCUGGAGACAAGGUGGGUGAGACACCAGUGAGUGUCCAGCAGCUGCAGAUGGUUCUCUGCUCCCUCCCUUCUAACUUCUUUUCUCCACAGCAGCAAGAUGUCAGAGGUAGAAAACACUUUCCGCAAGUUUGCGACAUACUGUGACACAGCUGCCAAUGGCAACACCAUGUCAGGGAAGAACUUCUCCAAGAUGUGCAAAGAGUGCGGGGUGAUGGAUGGGAAAGCCGUGACCAGCGCUGACAUUGACAUCGUAUUCAACAAAGUCAAGGCCAAGGGUGCUCGCACCAUCACCUUUGCUGAGUUCCAGCAGGCCAUGAAGGAGCCCUGUGUGAAGUACUUCAAGAACAAAUCACCAGAGGAAGUGCUGCAGGCUGUGUAUAGCCUCAUUGAGGGGAAGGAGCCUGGCUACGUGGGCACCAUGAAAGCCACCAAGGUUGGUGGGGUCGAGAGGCUCACGGAUACGAGCAAAUACACUGGGACCCACAAAGAACGUUUUGAUGAGAGUGGCAAAGCAAAGGGUCUUGCUGGUGGUGAGGACCUGACAGACAACAGCUGUUAUGCUGGAGCCUACAAGGGAGCUGGAACCUAUGACAAGACACACUAGGACUGGAACUACUUAAGAAAAUAAGGACUUUCCCUCUAUAACAUGGGAGAAGAAGCAAAUAAAUAUCUCAUACAAGCAGC